UAUCAUAUUCAUAACAACAUCCAACCAACACACAACAAACAUGGCUUUUAAGUUUGUCGUCCUCGCUUGCUUCGUGGCUGCCGCCAGCGCCGGCCUGGUGCCAGCUGGCCCCGUGGCAUACGCUGCUGCCCCGGCGUACCACGCCGCCCCCGCCUACCACGCUGCCCCAGUGGCAUACGCCGCACCCGUCGCCAAAGUUGCCGUCGAGGAAUACGACCACAACCCUCAGUACAGCUUCUCCUACGAUGUCCAGGACGGUCUGACCGGCGACUCCAAGGCCCAGCACGAGACCCGCAACGGUGAUGUUGUCCAGGGCUCCUACUCCGUGGUGGACCCCGAUGGCACCAAGCGCACUGUGGAGUACACCGCUGACCCCCACAACGGCUUCAACGCCGUCGUCCACAAGGAGCCUGUGCACGUGAAGGUCGCCGCCCCCGUCGCCUACGCCGCCCCCGUCGCUAAAGUCGCGGUCGCCGCCCCGGUCGCUGCUUACUCCGCCGCCCCCGUAGUUCACGCCGCCCCCGUGGCUAAGUUCGCCGCUCCCCUGGCGUAUGCUCAACCCGUGUACCACCAUGCCCAACCCGUCUACCACCACUAAGCUGUGUUCGUAAUAUCAAAGACCAAAUACAAUGUAAGCAACCCUAUUUAUUGUUGUUAGAUAUA